UCUAAACUCAUAAAGAAGACCAGAGAAAUGUCACCCGGCCCCAAAAAAAAAAACUCUUAAGAAUAUUCGAUUAUAAUUAUGUGGAUAGAAUCCAACCGUUUUAAAUAUACAAUCAAACCGUUCGAACCGAAAUAGUUUGGUUCGGGUCGAUCAGUGCAAUAGGAGUUGGAAAACAGAAAAAGUUGUCUUCGUGAAGUCCUUGGAGCCCUAGAAACGAAUAGUUCCACCCGGCGAAGCCCUUAGCACUGAGAAGCAGUCCUCGUCGGCGAUUCCUCUCAGUCGGUCGGCGGUCGCUUGCGAUCGACCAUUGUUGGCUCUCCUUUUCUAUAUAUAAGAAAUAAGCCUUUUUACAUCCAUUUUGUCUCAAAAGGUCUAGUGAUUGCUCUUGAAGAUGAUCCGAAGAAUCACUACUCAUGCAAAUUCUAAACUUUUGACAUCUUCCAUUGACACAAUGAACCACCAAUUUUUGCAACGAUGCUCCGUGAGUGGAACUGCAAAAGGAAAAGCAAAGAUAAAGACUGGACAGCCAUUGAAGAGAUCAAAGCUGACUACAAAGAAAGGCACUGCAGAUUCUGCUCCAAAAGGUCCUGCUCGUAGGAGUGAAAUGGAGCAAUUGAUUGAUGAAUGCAUAAACGCUCCAACACCUCUUAGGCACUUAACGGCCAAACAGAGAGCACGAGAAGCUGAGCGUGAAAAGCUAGGGCUUAUUAGCAAAGACCGCCAGCGUGAAAUUGAUAUGCUGAAAAAAAGGGCAAAGAAAGGCGGAGAGGAACCGCCAGUUAUAAUGGGAACUCCUGGGUUGGAUUAUAUCACACUGGGUUUGGUUGAUGCUGAAAAAAUUCCACAGUAUGAACUGACGGUUGAGGACGGGCGGCGGUUAGCAAAGGAGUACAGUAGAGUGUUGAUGAGGCGGCACCGGGUGAGGCAGGCAGCAGAAUCAACAUUGUUGCGGUUGAAGAAAGAGGCGAUUGAGGCAUUGCCGGAGCAUUUGAAAGCAGCAGCACUUGUCCCAGAUUUGACACCAUUUCCAGCAAAUCGAUUCAUGGCAACGUUGACGCCACCAAUAGAAGGGUAUAUUGAUAAGGUCAAGGAGGCAGCAAAGAGAAGCUCUGCGAAGGAGAAGAUUAGAUGAUGGGAGCACAUCCGUUACUGUUUCACUACCUACCUGCUACUUGCAAGUUGCAAUUUGAAACCAAGGUGGAGAUGCAGUGAAUUUGACAUGUCAUAUGAUUCUUGCAAGGAAAGACUGCUGUUCUUAAAGUUGUUUUCAACACUGACUUUCCAGUGUCUAGUUAAGGCACAUUUUGCAAUGGGUGGAUCGGAGCUGGGAAUCCAUCCUUGAGUGGUUGUCAAGAUCCUCUACAGGUACCUUAUUCAUGGUUGAAUGCUCUUUUGUGAAAGUGGCUAGCUGGUUAGGAAGGUGGAGAAGUACUGUUGUAAAUAUGAAGGACAUCCAGUUUCUUUAUAUAUUGGUAUGUGGUAGGUCCUCACGGCACCACAGCAGGGUCUUAAAAUCUGCUGUCAAGAAUCAAGAUGGUGCUGACCAGUUUAUUGGGUAAGCCAGGUCAUUUGUGGUGCCAACUGCCAAAUGCUGUUUGAAGUGUUGGAGAGUUUCUGCCCGCAAAUCUGGAAUUUGAUAGAGAGAUGACUGAGAUGGGCUUCUCCAAGAAACUGCUCCAGCUACAGUGAAGGCAAGGAUGGUUAAUGGAUGAGAAGCUUUCUUCCCUUCUGAAGCACCCCAAAGAGUCUUCCUGAAACUUUGCCCAUCUUUUUCUCCACUAAUUCUAGAAUAGGAAAAAUUGACAUAAAGCCAUAGAGGAGUUGGACGACUUGGAAGGGUGCUCUUUGUAAGUGUAUCUACCCCUGCAGACAAGUACUAUUUGUUCCACCUCCUCUAAAUUCUUUUGAAGCCUUUCUAUUUCUAACACUGCAUUCAAGAUCAUCUUGGAUUCUAAGGUUGAGUCCAGAGGGAGCCCAAAUUUAUAAGUUGGCAGAGAGCCAAUUUUGUAAUCCAAAAACACGGGCAGCUCCUCCAGAUCCUUCUCAUUGAUUGUGACAGUUAACCUUAACCUUAAAUCUGCUUCGCAGUGAAGAAGCACAUAACUAAGGAUUCUCUACUGAACCUUGUUGAUAACAUAGUUACCAGAAUUGCUGCAACACCUGGAACAAAGUUUGAUUGAAAUAGAUAAUUAUCUGUUGAAA